UGUCAGAGGCAGGGUAUGAUGACCUGGAGAAAUGUCCUCAAAAUCCUUUACAUUGGGCUGAUGCUGGCUAUUGCCAUCACUGUCCUCCUGGUAUUUUAUACCAAGAUGACUUUACAAAAGUUGAUUUUGAGAAGUCUUCAAAAGGAACUUCAUUUGCCUCUGUCUGAAUGGAACAAGACAGUGAUAAAGAGAUUCUCUCACUUGGAGGUGGAUUUGCAGCAUCUGAAAGAAAGUAUGAAAUUGGGUAUGAAGCAACAAGAAAAUGUGGACAGCACAGUGGAGAUGGUGAAAUAUGAAGAACAUCCUGUUCAAAAGGCAUUGGAAGCCAAAGCAAGUGAGACCAAGGAGCACAAACCCAAAGAGAUACUCUUCCCAGACGCCCAGCUUUUCAGGCAGUGGGGGAGGGUCCAGCAGAAAAAGGCUGAGAACUUUUUCUGGAAGUUUGGUUACAACGUUUGCCUCAGUAAUCAGUUGCCCCUUAAUCGCACCGUCCCAGACACGCGAGAUUCCAUGUGUCUUCAGAAGACAUAUUCUACACAACUCCCAUCCUUCGGUGUCAUUCUCAUAUUCGUGAAUGAAGCUCUGUCCAUUAUAGAAUGGGCUAUUACUAGUAUCAUUAACCACACCCCCUCUCAAUUGUUAAAGGAGAUCAUCUUGGUGGACGAUUUUAGCUCAAACAGAGAACUAAAGGCAUACUUGGACAAGAAGAUCAAAGUUUAUAACCAGAGGUAUUCAGGAUUACUGAAAAUAAUUUGGCAUGAAAAAAAGGGUCUUGCUCAAGCACAUAACACUGGCAGGAAAGUGGCUAUAGCUGAUGUGAUUGUCAUCUUGGAUGCUCAUGUUGAAGUGAACGUUGAUGGUUGGGCAGAGCCCAUUUUGGCUCGGAUUCAGGAAGACCACACAAUGAUUGUGUCUCCUGUUUUUGACAACAUUCCUUUUGACACCUUCCAAUUGGAGAACUAUGCACUGGCAGUUGAUGGGUUCAUUUGGGAACUAUGGUGCUGCUACGAUCCUCUGCCAAAGGACUGGAUUGAUCUGCAUAACGUCACUGCUUCAGUGAAGAGUCCCUCCAUCAUGGGCAUCCUGGCUGCCAACAGGAUCUUCUUGGGAGUGAUUGGAUCUCUGGAUGGUGGAAUGCUGGUCUAUGGAGGAGAAAAUGUGGAACUUAGCUUGAGGGUGUGGCAGUGUGGAGGGAGCAUCGAGAUCUUGUCCCGUUCCAGGAUUUCUCACCUGAGACACCACAAGCCCUAUGCCUUGUAUCUGAGUCUUGCCUUGAAGCACAAUGCUCUGCGAGUGGCUGAAAUCUGGAUGGAUGAGUACAAAUACGUGGUCUACAUGACUUGGAACAUACCUCUCCAGAACACUGGAAUCAAUUUUGGAGACAUUUCUUCCAGAAUGGCACUCCGGAAGAAACUGAAAUGUAAAACUUUUGACUGGUAUCUGAAAAAUGUUUAUCCAAACCUGAAGCCAAUUCACAACAUUGUGGGCUAUGGAAGAAUGAAAAACACAUUGGAUGAAAAUAUCUGCCUAGAUCAGGGACUUGUUUCAUCCAACACCUCCAUCAUGUAUUACUGUCAUGAAUACAGUACACAGAAUGUCUACUAUCACCUAACUGGGGAGUUCUAUGUGGGACCACUGAUUGAAGAGGCAGAUCCUGAUGAUCACUGCCUGACAGACCCUGGCAAUGGGGAGAAGCCCACUUUAAAGCCAUGUUCCAAAGUAGCCCAAAACAGACUGCACAUAUAUUGGGAUUUUAAGCUGGCGACAAAGGAAAAGGCUGGCACAGUUGUCCAAACAAGGAGACCUACACAUACAUUUCUGGUAGCGGCUGGACAGAGAGGGCCUGGACACCCAACUUCUCAGGAAGACGAGAUCCCUCCUUGGAUCAUGCAGCCUGACAUCUCUCCAGUGGCCUCCCACAAGCAGUGACCAGAUUAGAAAAAGCUGAGACCAGACCUGCCAGCAUUAAAGAUGGGGCCCAGGAUGUUGGGGUGAGGCUGUGGGGGGAAGGUAAAAGGUGGUGGGAGGGUCAAAAAAGACCACGUAUG